GUCUCAGAGCAUCAUGCGAGCUUAAAACCCCUCGAUGCUCUGCUCUGAGACUGUUGCUUUAAAACAAACAAACAAGUAGGGGAGAGGGAGAGAGAAGGAGCGAGAGAACGACAGAGGAGAAAGAGAGAGAGGGACCAAUAAGUGCUCUAUUUGUGGGAAUGUUUGUGUUGGGCGAACCAAGAGCUGUUAUUCUGGGAAUUUGUCCUUCAGUGGAGGGAGCGAGGCCAGUGAGACCGAGUUCAUUUCGAAGACGAGAUCUGAGUCACACAGAAGCCACAAUCUCAGUCUCCCAUGGGGCAUUUCUGAGGAUUAAAGGAAGAAGGGAUGAGAAAAUGAAAGAGGAGAACGCGACAUUACCUGGGGACGUUUUCUCCCACACACACCUGUGCUGAGAGGGGAUUAUUUGAACACACACCUGUGUACCUGUGCGUUUGUCAGUCAUGGAGGCGAUGCUUAUGAGUCUGGGGGAGAGUAUGUGUGUGAGGCACAGUGCAUUGUGGGAUGUGACCUCGGCCGCCCUCAGAAGAUUGAGGCACACUCAUAUCAGAGCUCCUGACGUCCUGGUCCGCGCCGUCUACCAGAUGACGGAAGGGCGGAGAUGUCAGGUCCAUCUCCUGGAUGACAGGAAAUUGGAGCUCCUGGUACAGCCCAAGCUAAUGGCGAAGGAUCUUCUGGACCUGGUGGCGUCCCAUUUCAACCUCAAGGAGAAGGAAUAUUUUGGAAUCUCUUAUGUAGAUGAGACGGGUCAUUUCAGCUGGUUGCAGUUAGAUCGUCGUGUUCUGGAACACGAAUUUCCGAAGAAAUCUGGACCCAUUGUGCUUUACUUCUGCGUUAGGUUCUACAUAGAAAGUAUCUCUUACCUUAAGGACAAUGCCACAAUAGAGUUGUUCUUCCUCAAUGCAAAGUCCUGCAUCUAUAAGGAGCUCAUAGAGGUGGACAGCGAGGUGGUGUUUGAACUGGCCUCUUAUAUCUUACAGGAAGCUAAAGGAGACUUCACGAGUAAUGAUGCUACUAGGGCUGAUCUGAAGAAACUGCCAGCACUGCCUACACAAGCACUGAAGGAGCACCCUUCGCUCGCAUACUGUGAGGACAGAGUCAUUGAGCACUACAAGAAGCUAAGCGGACAGUCCAGAGGCCAGGCUAUCGUCAAUUAUAUGAGUAUAGUGGAGUCGUUACCCACAUAUGGAGUGCAUUAUUACGCUGUUAAGGAUAAGCAGGGUAUCCCGUGGUGGCUGGGUUUGAGUUAUAAAGGCAUUUUUCAAUAUGACUACCAGGACAAAGUCAAACCAAGAAAGGUGUUCCAAUGGAGACAGUUGGAGAAUCUGUACUUCAGGGAGAAGAAGUUCUCAGUGGAAGUCCAUGAUCCGAGAAGGGCGUCGGUAACGCGGAGGACGUUUGGUCACAGUGGCAUCGCCGUGCACACCUGGUACGCCUGUCCAACCCUCAUCAAAUCCAUCUGGGCCAUGGCCAUCAGCCAACACCAGUUCUACCUGGACCGCAAACAGAGCAAGAGUAAGAUCCACGCAGCACGCAGUCUGAACGAGAUAGCCAUAGACCUGACGGAAACGGGAACCCUCAAGACCUCCAAACUAGCCAACAUGGGCAGCAAAGGCAAAAUCAUCAGCGGCAGCAGCGGAAGCCUGCUGUCUUCAGGCUCUCAAGAGUCAGACAGCUCCCAGACCGCUAAGAAGGACAUGUUGGCGGCUCUGAGGGCCAGACAGGAAGCUCUGGAGGAGACGCUGAGACAGAGAAUAGAGGAACUCAAGAGCAUCUGCAUCAGAGAAGCGGAGCUGACAGGAAAACUUCCAAAAGAGUACCCUCUCGACCCUGGGGAGGAGCCGCCCACCGUCAGACGCAAAAUCGGUACCGCCUUCAAACUAGACGAGCAGAAGAUCCUGCCCAAAGGAGAGGAAGAGGAAUUAGAGCGUUUGGAAAGGGAAUUCGCCAUCCAGUCUCAGAUAACGGAGGCAGCGAGGCGGUUAGCAUCCGAUCCUCACAUCAGCAGCAAAAAGCUGAAGAAACAGAGGAAGACAUCAUAUCUAAACGCUCUGAAGAAGCUGCAAGACAUCGAGAACGGCAUAAACGAGUACCGCGUUCGUUCUGGGAAGAAACCCACACAACGUGCCUCUCUAAUCAUAGAGGAAGCGAAUAUCGGCUCUGAGGAUAGUUCGCUGUCUGAUGCCCUGGUGCUGGAUGAUGAUGACCCCCAGGUGACAGGAACCCCCACAUUCUCUCCGGCUGCCUCGCCACACAAAGGUCUCCCUCCCCGACCCCCGUCCCACAGCCGGCCGCCUCCCCCACAGUCCCUGGAUGGACUGAGACACCUGCACUACCAGCGCAGUGACUACGACAAGUCCCCGAUCAAACCGCGCAUGUGGAGCGAAAGCUCAUUAGACGAACCCUACGAACGGGUGAAGAAACGUUCCUCACACUCCAGUAGUCACAGGCGGUUCCCUAGCACGGGCAGCUGUGAGGCGGGAGGGAGCAACUCUCUCCAGAACAGCCCUGUGCGCUCCCUCCCUCACUGGAACAGCCAGUCCAGCAUGCCCUCCACCCCUGACCUGAGAACACGGAGCUACGUCCACUCGGCCAGUCUAACUCAGCCAUUCCGUGGCCGGAGUUCCAGUUUGGAGUCUCAGGGGAAGCUGCUAUCCUUGGAGGCGGACACAGAAGCGGGACUUAGCCCUGACCUGUUUCUAUCAGGACCACAGAGGACAGGAAGCAAUGGCUCUGUUGUCCCCGACGACUGCUCAUCUUGCACCAGCCACUCCAGUUCAGAACAUUAUUACCCCUCAUCCACCUCCAACCCUAACUACUGUACGCUGGCCGAGGACUCGCCCUCCAAAGCCCGUCAGCGGCAGCGACAACGUCACAAGUCUGCCGGACACCUGGGUGCGUCCAGCUCUGGUAGCAUGCCCAACCUGGCGGCCCGCAACGGGGGCACCCACGGAGGGGUGUGCGGCAGCCACCAGGGCGUGUACCUCCACAGCCAGAGCCAACCCUCCUCGCAGUAUCGCAUCAAAGAGUACCCGCUGUACACGGAGGGCAGCAGCCCCAAUGCCGUGGUUGUCCGCAGCCUGGAGAAUGACCAGGAGGGGCACUACAGCGUCAAGGCGCAGUUUAAGACCUCCAACUCAUACACAGCCGGGGGGCUUUAUAAGGAGGGGUGGGGCUCCGGGGAGGACGGGGAAGCAGGUGGUGGCAGCGGGAGGUUGACGCCCUCCCGCUCACAGAUUGUGAGGACUCCGUCUCUGGGCAGGGAAGGAGGAGGAGGAGGGGGACGGGCAGCGGUGUCAGAGGAGCUGCGGUGCUGGUACCAGCGCUCAUCUGGAUCGCUAAAGGAGCACAGCCGCGUUACGCACACCAGCUCCAAUGCUUCAGACGGCCGUGGAGGACGAAUAGGGACACUAGUGAAGGGGUCACCAGCUGCAUCUCCACACAGUCAGAGGAGUGGAACUCCCUGCAGUGACCCUGCAGCUACACCCCCAUGCAGCCCACAACAUAUACUCAACUGGCAGAGCGGAUCGCCGUUCGCCGAUAGUUGUUUCCUGAGCAGUCCCCUGUGCUCUGAGAUAGUGGACGUACAGUGGUACGGGCACGAGAAGGCAAAGCCGGGAACGCUCGUCUAAACCGUCAUCCCUCAUCCCUCCCUCUUUAAAAGAGUGUUCAGAAGGCAGGCCUGACCACAGUCUGGACCUUAAAUCAUCUGAAAAAACACCAAUGGCUGGAGCCAGUACCUCCUCAACCUCUCUUUCCUCUCUGUAUAUCCGGCGGUACAGUGCUUACGAACUAAGGGAAUACAAGAGUCUGAAUGAACUGAGCGUGACCUUGUCUGACCCUCCCACUCUGACUUUUGAAUUUAGACCCGGCAGCCGGUUCCUCCGUAUGCACAAACCCUCCCGAUGUGCGUAUGAGAGACGUCUUAUGCGCGUUGUACUAUAAGUGAACCCCACUCAUGCGCACACACAUGCUCAAAUAGACAUUCGUCCCCUGCUGUCGUGUGUGUCCCUCUGCACUGAUGUCAGAGAGCCGGCGUCGUUCUCUCUCAUGCACAAAAAAAAAAACAUUCCGAUGGAUUGCUUUGGCGUCAACCAUCUUUGUAGAUCUUUAUGUUCUCAGUUCUGUUAUGUGGUCAUCCUACAGCGCCCCUUCUCAUCGGACCGGAGUGCAUCAUAAGCCCCUCCCACUGUCUGUGAACUUUGAUACUUUGUGAAUAACAAUAGAGCAUUUUAAAAAAAAGGCAUAUGCCUUUCUUCAGUCAUUCUGGAUUGGAAGAUGAGCCCUGAUAUCGCUCAAGAUUAUGACGUUGAGGAAAUUGGAAACAUUUGUGUAAUGUUGAUUUGCCAUCGAUUCUGCUCAACCAUUAGCUAACGUAGAAGCCAUAGCUGUACAACAAAUCUGAUAUCGCUAACCCAUUACCCUCAGCUUUGAGCGACCGAUCUGUGAAGUACCGCAACUCAGGCCGCGACCGGCAACUCGCCACCAUGGUGCUCCCACAAUGCCCUGCUGUAAGCCCACACUGCAUGAACAGUCACAGACCUCCACGUAUAGUGUUGUGACAUCAGUGAAGUAACGAGACACACAAAAAAACCUUCUCCAGACACUCCUAGCCUUAUCGGUUUCCUGUUUUUACGUAUCUGUUUUUAAUUCAGGAUUUUAACACCACUAUGACAUAACGUUCGUAUUUAUAAAACCGUCAGAUGAGCACAACGCAACGUGGCACACCGACACAAUAUUUCAACGAGUAUGACGUUACCUCUUCCCUGACCUGAAAAGGCUUUCAGGAGAACAGCAUUCCAGAAUGUGACGCAGGUGCUUAAUUUUAAAAGCAGCCGGUAAGCUCAGACAAUACAGGGUGUUUCAUGCUUUCUUCAUGCAGUCGACCAGAUCCGAAACCACGUGUGCCCCUCGCCUCGGUCGUCUGACCGAGGAAACA